AGCCCUCCGGCACAGGGCGGGGCCCCGCGGCCUCGCGAGGGCCCGCCGCCACGCCCCGGGGGGCACUGCGCGCGCGCGGCGGGCCUUCGCGCGCGCGCCAUGGGGCAGGUGGCCGGCGCCCAGUGCGGCCCAGCAGCGCCCGCCGCCGACGCGGAGGAGUGCGAGCAGCAGCAGCCCUCGAACUCUGCGGCCGCUGAUGCCGCGGACGUCGGGGACAAGAGGGACGAGCCAGAGCUGCUCCCCGUGGUGGCCAGCACCGACUUCACCGAGGUGAGCCGCACGGUGCAGAUCCCGCAGUACCGCGAACGCGCAGCACGCGCCUCGAAGGGGGAGUACAUCGAGGCGAAGAGCGUGCUCCGGCUGGGGGGCCUCGACGCCGCCCUCCGCCUCUACCCGCACGGCGACGAGGACGCCCCCGAGG